AUGGUCUUAGAGGCCAUAAAAUACCAAGAUGGCAAACUUGCCAUCAUUGAUCAGCUGCAACUACCAUUCGUGGAGCAGUAUGUCGAUGUAAGAACAAGUGAAGAAGGGUGGCAGACUAUCAAAAAGAUGCAAGUUCGAGGAGCACCUGCCAUUGCAAUCGUAGCAGCCCUUUCACUUUCAUCUGAAAUCCAAUCAUUGUCCAGAGAAGAGAAAUUGCCGCCAAGUGCGGAGGAGGUCAGCUUAUUCGUCAUUGAGCGGCUUCGUUAUCUUGUGAGCAGUCGACCAACGGCGGUAAACCUUGGCGAUGCCGCGCAGAAACUCGAGAUGAUCGUGUCUGAAAACUCGAGAAGGCCCGGAUCAACAGCUCAGGAUGUCGCGAACGCAUUCAUCCGAGCCGCGGAAGGCAUGUUAACAAAGGAUCUCGAGGAUAAUACACAAAUUGGCGAAAAUGGUGCUGCGUGGAUACUGGCAAACGCGCCCACAUCACAGCAUUCCAAAGCAGUCGUUCUGACACACUGCAACACGGGCUCCCUUGCAACAUCUGGUUACGGUACUGCACUCGGAGUAAUACGAUCUCUCAUGUCAAGAGGCGCGUUGCAACGUGCCUACUGCACUGAAACUAGGCCGUAUAACCAAGGCUCGCGUCUAACCGCGUUUGAACUCGUUCAUGAUAAAAUUCCUGCAACUCUAAUCACAGAUUCAAUGGCUGCAGCUCUACUGUCAAGACCAGGAACCGGUGUUACUGCGGUCGUCGUUGGUGCAGAUCGAGUCGCAGCGAAUGGUGAUACCGCAAACAAAAUUGGCACAUACGGCCUUGCGAUACUGGCCAGACAUCACCGAGUGAAGUUUUUGGUUGCUGCACCGCUCACCACAAUUGAUCUGGCAACAAAAUCUGGUGACGAUAUUAUCAUAGAGGAGCGACCGCCUUUAGAGGUGACGAGAAUCAAAGGUUUACAGGAAGAUGAUAUCACCGGUGACUUGAAAUUGGGUACGGUUAGAAUAGCGGCGGAAGGCAUAAAUGUCUGGAAUCCUGCUUUCGAUAUCACGCCGUCUGCGCUCAUCGACGGGAUAAUAACUGAGAAGGGAGUUGCAGCAAAGGACGAGGAAGGACAUUUUCAUUUGGGAGAGCUUUUUGAAUAA